UCAACCAUCCUCUCUCUUUAUAUAAUUAACAACGACACCUUCAUCUUCCUCAUUUCUACAUUCAUCCUCUUUCUCUCUUUCUGUAACCAUGGGAAAUGCAAUGGCUUGUUGCUACCUAACAAGUGAAGGAUCAUCUGUGAAGGUAAUUUACUGGGAAGGGAACACAAGGACGCUAACAGGAAAACGAUGGUUAGCCGGAGAGCUCAUGUUCGAGUUUCCAGAUAGCAUGGUUUGUGACGCAGACAGCUUCUUCAUCGGUCAACCAGUCCCAGCGUUAUCCAUUGAUGAUCAGCUUAAUCCUGGUCAGACCUACUUUGUUCUCCCUCUCGACAUCUUUUCUUCAAAGACCCUCUCAGCUUCUUCAAUAUCAGCCUUGCUUUCAUCAACGCCUAAUCGCACCCCAAUCAAUCUCAAAGAGUGUCCUUUCGAGUACAUAAAGGGAUCGAAUGGAAGGGUGUUGAUCAAAGUAUCGUCUGGGUUUAUGACAAGAAUUCUUACCAGAAGAGGUGGUGGUGAGGGUCAAGAAAGUGAGAAUGAAAGUGGGAACGCAGUAAAUGGGUUCUUGUGUAGUACACCUGAGUUAAAGAAGCAAUACGAACAGUUGGUUGGGUCCAAGGAUCAAACCUGGUCACCUAAGCUUGAGACUAUUUCAGAGCAUAACAGGAUUAGGUAUUCUCCUUAUAAAUUGAUAGGCUUGUAACCGAAGGAGAAAGAAUACAAUGCCUAGUAAUUAGUAUAAACUAACUAAUUAAUCACUUUUUAUUAAUUUACAUUAUCUUGUUAAUUAUUGUAUUUAUGUGGAUAUAUAUUACAAGUUUUGUGUAGUGAAUUUUGAAUGAUAAGUUGUUAAUUAUUGUA